AUGAUAUUUUCUUCUGCUUGCUUCCUCUUCAAAAACGCUUUUCUCUCUCUUCUUCUCCUCUUGCGAUUUAUUCUCUUAUUUUCUUCUAAAAAAUUAAUAUUCUCUCUCUUUUUUUUUUCUGGAGAGAGAAUCUUCUCUCUUCCUUCUCUCUCUCAGGAAAAAAUUCUAAGACUUUUCAAUCUUCUUCUUCCGAACUCGUUCUCUCAAAAUCUUCAUUCUCUCUCUUCUCUUAAUGAACUCUCUCUCUCUCUCUCGUAUUUUCCUUAUUCUCUAAAAAUUAUAAACUUCGUUCUUUCUCUCUCUCUUCCUUUGUUCUCUCUCUCUCUUUUAAAAAAAUGGGGGUGGGGAAGGAAUUCUCUCUCUCUUUUCUCAAUCGUUUCUCUCUUCCCUUGUUCUCUCUCUCUCUUUUCUCUUAUGAUUUCUUAUAUUUUCUCUCUCUCUCUCUCUUCUCUCUUUAUUUCGUUUUUCUCUCAUUUCUCUUCGUUCUCUCUCUCUUUUCUCUUCGUUCUCUCUCUUCCCUUCGUUCUCUCUCUCUUUUUUUCGUUCUCUCUCUUCCCUUCGUUCUCUCUCUCUCUUUUCUCUUCGUUCUCUCUCUUCCCUUCAUUCUCUCUCUCUCUUUUCUCUUCGUUCUCUCUCUUCCCUUCAUUCUCUCUCUUCUCUUCGUUCUCUCUCUCCGUUCUCUCUUCUCUUCGUUCUCCCUCUCUCUCUCUUUUCUCUUCGUUCUCUCUUCUCUUCGUUCUCUCCCUCUCUCUCUCUCUUUCUUUGUUAAAAUUCUCUUCGUUCUUUUCCAUUUGA